AUGGAUUUGGUACCAGCGCCGAGCGGGGAGACACCGGUGAAGACUCCUGUGGUCGAAGUGGAGGCCGUCGAUCUCGCGGAGCAGGUCAACGCGGAGACGGUCGCGCUGGAGGAGGCAUCAUCCGACUAUGAAACGGACAGCGAUGAUUCUGAGAAUUGGGAGCUUAUGUCUAACGGUGACAACACUAUCCAGAUCCUACGUGAUGAGCAGCUUCAUGAUGGCCUCGUUCCCGGUGCCUGUACCCUGGAAGAAGCGAUUGCAUAUCGAAAACGCUUGCAUGAUAUCGGCAAGGCGGCGUUCGUAGAAGAGACUAUCGCGCGAGAAACCGUGACGGCGAAGAAGCUUUGUACGGCAUUUGGCAUCGUGCCGCCGGCCUUCCUUGAAGGUGCACCGGACGAGGCAUUCCAUCCGCUGCUGGCGAUCGCCAUCUCCCGAGAAUUCUCUCGGCGACCCAAGCUUCCUCAGUACAACUCGAUCGACGAUGCAGUCAAGCUUUUGCGAGAGGCUAAGAACAUCAUUGUGUUGACUGGUGCAGGUAUCUCGACAAGCCUCGGUAUCCCUGACUUCCGGUCAAAAGAUACCGGUCUCUAUUCGAAGCUGGCGCAUUUGGGUUUGAGUGAUCCCCAGGAGGUCUUCGACAUCCAUGUCUUCCGGGAAGACCCUAGCAUUUUCUUCUCAAUCGCCAAGGAUAUCCUUCCCACAGAAAAGAAAUUUUCUCCUACUCAUGGAUUCAUCAAGCUGCUCCAGGAUAAGGGGAAGUUGUUGACCAACUACACCCAAAACAUCGAUAACAUCGAAGCAAAUGCGGGUGUUCUUCCAGAGAACAUCGUGCAGUGCCAUGGAUCAUUCGCAACUGCAACAUGCGUCAAGUGCCAGCACAAGGUCAAUGGUGACGCGAUCUUCAACGAGAUCAAAGAGGGCAUCAUUCCUGAAUGCACUGUUUGCCGAAAGAGAAUCGCGGAAGAGGGCCUCAAACCGCAAGGGUUGAAACGCAAGCGAAGCACGAACGGUCAGCAGAAAGAUCGCAAGGAGUUUGAAGAUAGUUCGGAUGAAGAUGAUUAUGAAAUUCCUACUCCUGGAGUCAUGAAGCCCGAUAUCACCUUCUUCGGAGAGGAUCUCCCCGAUGAAUUUGGUCAGCGUCUGAUCCACCGUGAUCGGGAACUGGCGGAUCUGGUCAUCGUCAUUGGAACUUCGCUGAAGGUAGCCCCCGUUGCAGAAGUGCCGGGGAUCUUACCGCGCAACGUCCCGCAGAUCUAUAUCUCACGAACGCCGGUGUCACACACCGGGUUUGAUAUCGAUAUGCUGGGCGAUUGCGACGUGGUGGUCUCGGAGCUCUGCCGUCGGGCCGGCUGGGAUCUGCAACACCAAAUGAUACCCGUUGAUGAGAAAGUAGAGGUCACUCCCGUCGAGGGAUACGAGUCACGACAUGUGUUUAAGGCGAUUGGCGCAUAG